AUGCCAAUGUGCAUCGGUUUUGCCGGGCCGCCCUCGAGCAUUAGGAUAGUCAGAAUCAACAUCGACGUGACGAAGGCUUCGAGGAACAGACCACGAGCAGUCGAGAUGGAUGGGUCAAGGGUGGUGGCGACACCCAGCGGCCCGGGAAGUAGUGCUGCAAUGAAGCCCGAUGCAGCCAUUCCGGCAAUCAUCUGCGAGAUUAUGGUAUGAACCAUGCGACGCCAAUCAAUCUUUCCAGUAAUGAACAGCGCCAUGGAGACCUAAGCGUGAACUAUGUUAGUCGGCGUUACAAACUAUCUCCUGCGGGCCUGAGGGAAAAUCUACUAAUGAGGUCGCACGAUGCGGGGUUGAAAGAUAGGGUAGUACAAAAACAGCUGGGCUGAAACUUACAGCAGGAUUAAACUUUCCUCCACUGACAUCAGCAAAGAUAGCAACGUUGAUUGCGAGCGAUAAUCCAAAUGCAAAGGCAAUGUAGAGCAGUUUGUUGACAUUGGGUGCUGAAGGGCUGUCUGAGUCGAGUGUAGGAGCGACUGCGGUUGAGUUGAUGGCUAUUUGAGUUCCACAGAAAGCAAGGGCGAGGAACAUAAAGGUACCAAUGAAUUCUCCAAUGAAAGCAGUAAGUUCUUUCCGGAGAGUGUGGCGCAGAGGGCGCUUCUCAGAUUGAACAGUCGAAGAGGAAGUCUCGUGAUGUGGGAGGCCGGACUCCUUGUCGUCAGUUCUUUCGAUAGACAUGCUGAAAAGAACUGUCACGAUGGUGUCAAU